CCUGAUUUUUAAAAUAACAUAAUAAAAGUUAACUCGUCGUUCCUUUUCCAAGAAUAUUUUUACAUAAAUAUAGCCGAGUGUAUUAAACGCAAACCUUAAUAUCACGCUUAAUUGUGGGUGCUUUAAAAAGGCACCCAUAUAUAAAAUAUUUUUAUUCUUUUUAUUAUCUGUCAGAAUCUUUUAUUUUCAUAAUAAAAAUUAUAGAACAAGUUAAUUUUUAGAAAGGAUGUUCAUUGUGGGUCUUACAGGAGGUUUAGCUACGGGCAAAAGUACCGUACUAUCUAUAUUUCGUGAAAAUGGAAUUGCUGUUAUAGAUGCCGAUGAUAUUGCUAAGAAAGUCUUGGAACCUGGAACUAUAGCAUGGAAAGAAGUUAAGGAGUGUUUUGGGGAUGAGGUUAUUAGUGAUGAUGGUAAAGUAGAUCGACUAGUUCUUGGAAAUAUAGUAUUCAAUGAUAAAGAUAAAAGAAUGAAACUUAAUGCUAUUACACAUCCUAGAAUCCAAAGUGCCAUGAUGAAAAUGGCCUUCAGAUACUUUUUCUCGGGACACAGAUAUAUAGUGAUGGAGGUCCCAUUACUCUUUGAAACUGGAAAAAUGUUAAGAUUCAUGCAUAAAAUUAUAACUGUUGUUUGUGAUAUAGAUCAACAAAUUAGCAGAUUAUGUGAAAGAAAUGAUUUCUCUGAAACUGUUGCAAUGACUAGGAUAAAAUGUCAGAUGCCUCUUGAAGAGAAAGUAGCUAAAUCAGAUUUUGUAAUUGAUAACUCUGGUGACAUAUCUGCAACUCGACAACAGACUGAAAGUAUCAUAAGGCUCCUAAAGCGAUCUAAGUUCACAUGGUACUUUAGAGCUAUAAUAUUAAUAUCAUCUUUAUCUUUUUUAUUUGGAAUUGCUAACAUUGCCUAUAAGUUAUACUGUAAAAAAUAAUUAUAAGUUUAAGUGUGUUUACUAUGUAAUGCAAUUAUUAUACAGGCUCUCUUUUUACUUUAGGAUAAAUAAUAAUCUAAAUUUAAAAAAAUUGUCUGCUCUAAAUUUUUUAGCUAUCAUUGUGCUUGUGUUGAGGUUUGCUGUUUCCAAUGAAAAUUGUUAUAUUACUUUUUUAAAUAUAUAAUGUCUUUAUUGUAUGUCUAGAUUUAUUAGCAAUUUUUAUUUAUAUUCAAUAUUGGAGAGUGGUAAUAUAUAUGUUGAAUUCCCAAUAAUUAAAAAUAAAUUGUGACUGUGAGCAAACUCACAACUGUUUUUAUUUUUAAAUAUUGAACUUUUUGAUGAAUAAAUCAGUAUUAUGACUAUUUAAAAAGAUCACUUCUCUGUCUAAUUUUAUCGCAGUGUAAACAAUUUACUUUGAUGUGUACUAAGUCCAAACAGUGUUUAACUUUAAUUAGAUUGCAUAUUAUAAAGCAACUAAUAUCAUUUUUCUAUUUUGAUAUAAAGUAAGUACUAUUUCUAGUAUUUCUUUUCAGGAUAGUUUCAACUCAGUGUAACAAUCAAUUUACAAAGAAACUAUUUGUAUGAUUAUUUGUUGCACAUCAUAUGUAUAUAUUGUAAAAUAUAUUUAUUAUUAUCUUUUAGCAUAAGAUUAUAUGUAAUUUUUGAUAAAGGGACAUAGUAUUUCGUAAAAAGUGUUUGUUUCUAAAGAUUUGCAAAUAGAUAUUCAUAGAUAAACUUAUUCAAAAUCCGUGGAAUUUUAAUUUGAUAACCAACAUACCAUUUGAAUAAUGAUCAUGACAGAAGUGUAAUUGAUAACUGUAUAAUACAUAUAAAUAAAAAUCUAAAGU